AUGGAAACUUCAACCAUAAGCUCCUUCUUCUUCGUUUGGUUAUUGAUAAUUACUGGGUUUUCAGAAUCUGUAGGAAGCUGGAAUAAUAGCUGUGUAGAAACUGAAACGAGGUGUGGAAACCAUCAUGUUCGGUUUCCUUUUCGACUAAUAAGACGUCAACCAAAACCGUGUGGGUAUCCUGGGUUUGAUUUACAAUGUUCCUCCACCAAUCACCCUGUUCUUGAGCUUCCUCGCUCAGUGAAGCUCAAUGUCAAACACAUUGAUUAUCGUUCCCAGACAAUUCAAUUAUAUGAUCCUUCUGGUUGCCUCUCUUGGCAUCUCCCUAACCUCACUCUACCUUCUUCCCCUUUCCAUAUCGAGGCGUCGUAUCUUGAUGAUGACUUCAACGUUUUCAAUUGCUCCGGGCCGAAAAGCUCCGAGGAUGUGAAAUUAAUCUCAACGUGCUUGAGCAGCUCCAUUUAUCAUGUGUAUGCCAUUUCAUCUGGGGCAUCCAUCGGAAAAAUUCCGUUGUUGUCUUGCAGCAAAGUAUUUAACGUUUCAUCCGUCCCCAGCAAGGUUUUUAGAGCUGAUUACACUCUUCAUUUGAAGUGA